AUGUACACUACAAUGGGGUUUAAAUUGAAGCUGGUGUUUUUGUUGGUUUUAUUCGUCAUUGCAUCAGAAUCAGAAGCAAGAAACGUUGUGCACAUUGCUUGUACUCAAGGUUGCUUUCACACAGGUCCAUGUGUGAACAAUUACUGUACGUGUAAUAAAGAACAAGCUGGUAAAUUAGAAUUUUGUUGCGACUCAUGUGUUGGAUUCUUGUGUUUCUGUCCUCCAACUCGAGAACAAUGUGAAGCUUUGUGUCCACAUGCUUUCACUAAUAUGUUUCCCAUUAGUCAAAAUCAAUCACCAUAG